AUGUCAGGACGUGGAAAGGGAGGAAAGGGAUUGGGAAAGGGAGGUGCGAAGCGUCAUCGUAAGGUUCUGCGAGAUAACAUCCAGGGAAUCACAAAACCGGCGAUCCGCCGUCUUGCGAGAAGAGGAGGUGUGAAACGUAUCAGCGGGUUGAUCUACGAGGAAACUCGCGGAGUUUUGAAGAUCUUUCUAGAAAAUGUCAUCAGAGAUGCUGUUACCUACACCGAGCACGCACGCCGGAAAACUGUCACCGCCAUGGAUGUGGUGUACGCGCUCAAGAGACAAGGCCGAACUCUCUACGGAUUCGGUGGUUAG